AGCCUCUACAGCGGGCUGGUGGCCGGCCUGCAGCGCCAGAUGAGCUUCGCCUCCGUCCGCAUCGGCCUCUACGACUCGGUCAAGCAGUUCUACACCAAGGGCUCUGAACAUGCUGGCAUCGGGAGCCGCCUCCUGGCAGGCAGCACCACAGGUGCCCUGGCUGUUGCUGUGGCUCAGCCCACGGAUGUGGUAAAAGUCCGGUUCCAAGCUCAGGCCCGGGCUGGAGGUAGUCGGAGGUACCAGAGCACUCUUGAUGCCUACAAGACCAUUGCCCGCGAGGAAGGGUUCCGAGGGCUCUGGAAAGGGACCUCUCCCAAUGUUGCUCGUAAUGCUAUUGUCAACUGUGCUGAGCUGGUGACCUAUGACCUCAUCAAGGACUCCCUCCUGAAGGCCAACCUCAUGACAGAUGACCUCCCUUGCCAUUUCACUUCCGCCUUUGGGGCGGGCUUCUGCACCACCGUCAUCGCCUCCCCUGUCGACGUGGUCAAGACGAGAUAUAUGAACUCUGCCUUGGGCCAGUACAGCAGCGCUGGCCACUGCGCCAUUACCAUGCUCCAGAAGGAAGGGCCUAGAGCCUUCUAUAAAGGGUUCAUGCCCUCCUUUCUCCGCUUGGGAUCCUGGAAUGUGGUGAUGUUUGUCACCUAUGAGCAGCUGAAACGGGCCCUCAUGGCUGCUUACACUUCCCGGGAGGCACCCUUUUGAGCCUCUCUUACUGUUGACCUGACACCUUUGGCUUUGGCUUUUGCUCAAGCCGGACCCUGCUUCCCUUUUCCUCCUUCCUUCCUUCCUUCCUUCCCUUCCCUGUCCCCACUUCUUCCUUCUGCUCCUCUUCCCACCGCCUUCCCUCUCCCCACGUCCCCACCCCUCCCUGCCUCACCUCCCCAUUGGCUCAGUGCCAGUGGAGUUGACCUCAUUUGAAAGUAAGGAAGCCUGGCACCAGCCAGGAUCCCAAGUCCUCCAUCCCUUGAAAAGUUCAGCCUGAAUUUUUGCCUUGACUCCAAGCCUAGCCCAACUAGCCCAGCACCCAUAAAGCAAGCUUAACUUUGGUGUCUCCUCCCUCUCUCAUAGCUGUUACCAGAAGUCUCUUGGUCCCGUGGGCCCUUUGGCACCUGGUGGGGAGGGGAGGAGCCACCUGACUGGAAAGGGAUGUGACCCACCAUCCACCUUCAGCAUCUAAUGUGGGCACAUAGAAGUCCUCUAGGACAUUUCUCCAGACACAGGCCCAGGUGCUGGGCUGAGGUGGCAAGUGGAGGAGCAGCCCAGAGAGACAGUGGUAGCUUUUAUCCUGCCUGCCCUUCCCUUGCAGGCCACUUGAGCUUCCAAGUGCCUGGUUCUCUAGUGCCAGCCUUCCCAGCCCCCAGCUGGCCCUGGCCUGUUCAUCAGCAAAGAGAGAGUGCUCCUGUACGCCCUGCCUCUCCUGCUUGUUGGACAAUUUAGAGGAACGCUGGAAUCUUCAAUGCUUUGGGCUUCCUCUAUUCCAUUUUACAAAUGACAAACCACCUCAAAAUCCUGGACCUAUGAAGCAAGGCAGACUGCUUCCCCCUCCACAGUCACAGGAGAAAGGGUUCCAAACUGUGUGGGGCAGGUGCUGACUCAGCAGGGUUUCAAGUGACAAGACAAACAUGGCCUAUGGGUGGGGGUGGGGGUGGGGGGAUACAUUGUUUGGAUCACCCUCUCCCACCUAAGGAUCCCAAGGAGGCGGUGACAAGCUAGGACUUUGAGUGCUCAGGGGUUUUAGUCUCUCUGUCCCUAUUAUUACACCUGUCCCCAGACACAGGAAAGCAAGUGGGCAAAGCUACUUCUAUUUCAAGGGGUGGGGGACCAUGAGGUCCCAGAUAGAAUGAAGUCACUCUGGUUCAUUUUAAACAUGUUUCAGACAUUUUAUACAUGUCUCAGCUGUGCAGCUGAGCGCUGAGACAGGUCAUACACAGAAAUACAUGCAGUAGCUGAACUGGGACAGGACUCAAGACUUCCACCCUCUGCUGGACUCUCCCCAGGUGGCCGGUAUGAGGGUCCUUGGGGAAGUCAAUUUGGCAGCUAUGGAGCCAGGCCCAGAAGACAGGGCCUCCCUCUUCCCAGCCUAAGGCAGCUGGCACUUCUUCCCCUCCCACUCCUCAUUAGCUUAUGGGUCAGAUCUGGAGGCUGGACCCUUCAGUGCUUAGACAGGAGGACCCAGGACUCACCAUCUUACUUCCCAGAGUCUCAAAACUGCAGCUGAGGCCUUGGUCCCCAUGAUGCAGUAAGCCAGAGUGAGGGUGACAGGCAGCCCAGCCUGAGUGCUUUCUCCAAGGCUGUAGGGCGUUGGCAUAAAUGGAGGUCUGACCCCAGCCUCACAAAUCCUUUGAGGUGGGCUGUCAUCAGCCUUGCACUGGCGGAAAGAGGCAGUUUGCUGCCCAAGGUAUUUCACCAGUAGCUAAACUGGUUAGGUGAGGGUGAGCAAUCAGUGGGCUGAUUUGUUUGCCAGACUUGUGUCCCAGACACUGAGCUGAACAUAAGGCCACCAGACUUCAUCAUGGUGGCAGGAAUCAUGGGAAAAUUAACCAGUAGGCCGCAGAAAUGCCUACAGAAUGGGCACAUACUAAGCUCUGCUUUGCCUGACUUGUAAGGUAGCACCUAUCACUGAUAGAAAGAGGCCUGUCUUCAGGCCUGAGGCCUUCAGAACCCAGCAGGAGGGUUAGGAGCAGUGGCUCCUUCACCCACCCAAAGCUUGCUCUCCGAAGGGGCAUUUACCAUCACCUCCCUCCACUGGAAUCUGCCUCAGAGAGAAGGGUCUCCAUCAUUUGGUUUCCAUGGAAGUCCUGUAACAUUGGGGUUACUGUAAGAAAAGAGCCCAGCCAGACGCUGGUGGCUCACACCUGUAAUCCUAGCUACUUAGGAGGCAGUGAUUGUGAGGACCUCCUGCCUCAGGCAAAUAGUUCACAAGACCCUAUCUUGAAAA